CAAUGGGCGUAACAAGGAAAGGUAAGCAACGCCAGAUAGUUUCACUUUUUUAUUUAACUUAGGAUUCAAUUAAAAUUCAAUGAAAAAUUCCUUCUCAGAAUCUUUUUUCAGUGACUUGUCAGUCAUGUGCGCAGGUGCGCAUUGUUCAAACAUUUUUGGUAAGUGUUUUGCGCCACCUUGUGUAAGAUUUCGACUAUUGUUUACACAGACGCCACCUGCUUGGACAAAAUGGUGUCACUAAUGUGCACCCUUCAGCAUCAUGGAGAUGACAUCAACUGGUGCGCGUUCUCGCCCACUUUGCUGGAUACUUGUUCAGGGGACAAAACCAUACGUGUGUAUGACUCCGCUGACUUUUCGGAACUUCAGUUUUCGCCCCUCUCAGGUCAUGGCUAUGCGGUUCACUGCUGCUGCUUCAGUACCUGUGGCCGGUACAUUGUCACGUGCUCUACCGAUGGCUCUACCAUUAUUUGGAGCAUGGAAACAGGAGAGAUGGUGUCGACUUUUGAACCAUUGUUGAUAGCAGAUUUUCGCCACUGCGCGCUCUCGCCAGACUCGACCUUCCUCGUGGCAGGUGCAUCAGAUGGAACCGUGGUCCUUUGGGCCUUCCACUCAAAAACAAUACGUAGCCAUGGAGCCGUUAGCGAAGCUACGGUGCUAGCCCUCUGCUUCUCACCGAACGGAUUGGUGUUCGUCACGGGGUGUAGUUAUGGAGACAUCAAAUUAUGGGAUGUGGACAUGAGGCUGCUCUUCACUGAGAAGUAUGCCCACGACCUUUGCGUGGCCUGCUGUCAGUUCGCUGCCCAGAAUGAGAUUGAGGGGGCCAGGGAGCUGCUGCGUCUGGGCUCCUGUGGGCAGGACGUCCGGGCUGCGUCUGGGCUCCUGUGGGCAGGACGUCCGGGCUGCGUCUGGGCUCCUGUGGGCAGGACGUCCGGGCUGCGUCUGGGCUCCUGUGGGCAGGACGUCCGGGCUGCGUCUGGGCUCCUGUGGGCAGGACGUCCGGGCUGCGUCUGGCCUCCUGUGGGCAGGACGUCCGGGCUGCGUCUGGGCUCCUGUCGGCAGGACGUCCGGGCUGCGUCUGGGUUCCUGUGGGCAGGACGACGUCCGGGCUGCGUCUGGGCUCCUGUGGGCAGGACGUCCGGGCUGCGUCUGGGCUCCUGUGGGCAGGACGUCCAGGUGAAGCUCUGGAUCUUCUCUCAGCACUCUGGAGAAGACCGGAUGACUCGGCUGCUGUGCACUCUGACAGGCCAGUCUGCUCCUGUUCUCUUCUGUGCCUUCUCCUCUGACGGUGACAUGCUUGUCUCUGGCUCUGUGGAUAAAUCGGUCACGGUCUAUGAUGCGAACCAGGGGGUCCUGCUGCACAGUUUGAAGCAGCAUGAAAGGUAUGUGACUGCCGUGGAUUUUUCCCCCACCAGACCCUGGAUGGCCUCUGGCCUCUGGGAGGGGGAGAGAGGGAGCAGGCUGAAUCUAAGCAGCCCCCAGACCAAGGUUCUCCUGGUGUGGCUGCUCAGGUUCUCCUGGUGUGGCUGCUCAGGUUCUCCUGGUUCUCCUGGUGUAGCUGCUCAGGUUCUCCUGGUGUGGCUGCUCAGGUUCUCCUGGUGUAGCUGCUCAGGUUCUCCUGGUGUAGCUGCUCAGGUUCUCCUGGUGUGGCUGCUCACGUCCCUGACAGGUGAAGGCAUGCUCUAUACAGCCUUGGAGGAUGUCAUCUCAGGCCAGCUGGUUUCGUGCCACGGCUGUCACCAGGGUCGACAGAAGGUGGAGGAGCUUAAGGAUGGGCUGAGUGGCCCCAGGGCCCCUGACGAGUUCCUGUGCCCCAUCACCAGGGAGCUGAUGAGGGAGCCGGUUAUCGCUGCUGACGGUUACUCUUAUGAGCGGGAAGUGAUAGAGAGCACCGUGCUCACCAACCUGCCCCUCCCCAACACCGUGCUCACCCCCAACAGAAGGCUGAAGACGGCCAUCGCUCGCUGGAAGUCCUCCCGGUAGACGCUGCUGGAAGCUGGAAGCAGAGCCUCGGUUCAGUACCAACCACCAUUACUGCCCCAGUAGUCAUUAGGCCCUUGACCAAUAUUGAUGAAAUAAGUGCACUAACACGAAUGUGGAACAUUAAAUUACAUGCUUGUGUGCUUUGUAAAUAGCCAUACAGAAUACGUGUCGCAAUAUUCCAUCAUCUGGACAUUAUAUAGUGGCUUACAGUAAUAUAAACUAGAGAGGUUAACAUUUCUGGGUAAAUUGUGAAGUGUGCUUGAAGCUGGGGCAGUUAAUUUAUUAACUAUGUCACCCCCAAACCUACUGUUUAAAUGAAUACAUGUCCAUAAUGUUCAUAACUAGCCUGUU